AUGGACGAUUUGGACGAUAAACGCCUGACAGAAUCGGCUAGAAAAGCUUCUAAACUUUACAAUACUGUAGCAGUUGUACGAAAGCCGGAAAAGUCGAAUUUGGAAGUGGUUUUGAGCGAAGAGAAUCGACCAGUGAAGGUUUUCAAAAAGCCGAGAGAAGUGUUGUCAGAAGAUCAAUUUACAGAAGAUCUACAAAAGAUUAUUGUGCGGGAUUACUUUCCAGAGCUUCCAAAGUUAAAAGUAUGACUUUGUUAAAAUAUGUUUUGAUUUUAGGAGCUUUUAAAAAUGUUUUUGAAUAGAAAUAUUGUUUUAGAUUUCAAGCUUUGAAGAUGUUGUAUAAAAAAAUUUUUUAUCACAGAAAUAUGUGUUUAACAGUUUAAUUUAUAUGAGUAAAGCAACAUUAUAAGGUUUCCUAUAUAAAAGAACGUAGAAUUCUCAAAAAAUUAUGUUUUAUUUACUAAUUAUAUUUUUUUAGGCACAACAAGAGUACCUAGAUGCUGUAGAACGGAACGAUGUGGAAGCGUUACGCCGUAUUCAGAUGAAAUUUAGUGCAGACACUUUACAAGGUCCCAAAAACACUGCCAGAAGAUAUAAUCCAGAUGAACGACGGUUUGAUGUUGAUACGGAGAUGGAAGUGAUUGCUAAUCAGGAAGGGACUAAUGAAGUUGAUGAUAAUGUAAGUUUUGUUGUUGAUGUUUCUAAAUUUAGGUAAUUUUUAUGUAUAUAAUGGUGUACACAGGUAUUAUACGGAUUUUAAAAGUGUUUUUGUGAAUAUUGGAGGCUUUAUUACCUAAAUUUCAAAAGAAACAGCUUAAAAAAUUAACAAUUUCAGCAAAAACCGGGUCCAAGCACUGCAGUUGAUGUGGAGAAGCACACAGUACAAAGUUUUGUGGAUAAUUAUGUUAGUGAAGAUACGAAGAGCUUUCAUGAUGUUUGUAAACUUGAUGAAGAAGCUCAUCGUAAGGUACAUAAUUGGAUUUACAAAGCUGAAGAGAAACAUAAUGCUGAGUUUGUUCGGAAGGCCAUACCUAUGGCGGAAGAGGCUGAUAUUCAAAUGAUUGAGGCUAGAAAACCCGGUAAGUUUUGCUUGUUAUAUUGUAGAUAAAGUAAGGCUAUUAUUAGGCAGUAGCUGUUAGUGAUCGAUUUUUUGAACUAGGUAAGGUAUACCUUAAGGUAUUUUAAUCAAAAUUUAGAUACGAUUUAUAAUAAUGUACUUUUAGAUGAGCUAAAAGACAGACCGAAUGGAUUGGACAACUGGGGUUAUAAAGCCAAGAAUACUGUACUUUUUGACAUUGAAGAAGCAGCUCCAACAGCCAAGGAGUUCCUGGAUCGCCUGAAGGGAAAUCAACUGGAAAUCAACAAAAAAGCGACCAGAAUUGACAUUAAAACGAUUGGAUGGAAGGAACCUGUAAGAUUUUCGUUUUAAAAUGAGUUUUUUAGCCUAGAAAAGGCAAAAUUUUAAAUUUUGAGUUGAAAAAAUGUAGGAUAACAUUGUUUUUUGUUAUAAAACAUACUUUUAUAUGAUUUUAGAGCUUUUAAGAGCUUUGAAAAUAUGAAAAGCACAAAAAAUUUUGAAUUCUUAACUAAAGCUUUACCUUUUUAGGCUUCAACCCAAACAGCCAACAAAUUCGUAGUACCAAAAGUUGAUAUAUCCGGACAAAUUGUCGAGAAAAACCUAGGAGCCGGAGGCUUCGAAGUCCUGCCAACGCCAAACCCGACCCCACAACCAGAAGACUCACCCUUCAUAACCUGGGGACAAAUCGAUGGUACCCCAUUCAGAUUGGACGGUGCGGACAUGACUCCAGCACCAGAUGGAGUACCUUCCUUUAGGCUACCAGAACCAACAAAAAGAGAAGUUAUUGCACAUGAAUUGGCGGAUAAAAUCAAGAAGAAUAAUAUGGCGAAACGAGCGUUUUCACAAAAAAUGACUGAGAAGUUAAGGUAGGUUGGGGAAAGGGGAGUGUAAUUUGGGGAAGAGGGGAGGGAUUUUUUGAAAAUUUAAAUUUUGGUAAAUCAGUAUCUAUACGAUGUUCGUGUAAAGUUAAAUUUUUAAAUUGUCUUCCAUUACGUGUCGAAAAAAUGAGGUAGAAUAGGCCAAGCUUAUUUUUUGUCAAAAUGGCGAAAAAGUGUAGUAGGUCAGGUAAAACCUAGUGUAACUUGAAGGUGGGCUGUUGAAGUUUUUUGGAUUUUUUUUAAAACGCUAGAGUAAAUACUGUAUUUUCAUUUUAUAAAGUGAAAUUUGAAAAUUUUGUUUUAUGACCGGUCGAAAAUUAAAAAAAGUUCUUAUCUAAUUGCCAUAAUAUUUUUUCAAAAUUUUGACAUGAUUUGAGUAAAAAGUUAAAUAAGUUAUGAUUGAAUAGUCUGAAUUGCUUGAUAUUUAUUAUUGAGUUAGAUGAAUAUCUAUGUUAUAAAUAGGUAAAUUAAUAUUUGAAAAUUUAUAUUUGCGACCAGUCGAAAAAGUUUUAAAAAAUGAGCUGAAAUCGUCUAAAAUAGCCUUUUUGUGGCUUUAGUGCAUUUGAUUGUCGUAGUAACUGUUUUAAGCUUUAAAAUAGACAUAAAUUAAUGGUAAUAUCGCUUUAUGCCACUUUUGUAGAACUUAGAUAUUGUUUUAUACAUAAGACAACAAUAAUUCAACUUUCAGAAACCCUCACAGUCGAAUGUCGACCCUCAGCCGACUGGCCAUGAUGUCUCCAGCUGCACACAAACUAGCCGAAACUAAAUUAGGUAUAAAAACCAAGAAUACGGGAUUAUUGUCGAGGAAAACGCCAGGAUCGGUUAGAAGCACUCCGUCAAACAAGAGCCGAACCAGCAUAACACCAUUGAUUGUGAGGAAGGACAAACAAGAGUCGUCGGAUAUCUUUACAGAAGACUUGUUGUCUGUCAGGUCUUCUACAAGGUCUAGUGUGAGGAAAUUGUAA